AAUACAAUUAGAACCGUUUAAGACUUUUGUAAUGUAAUAUUUCAGAAAUAUCCGUUUUAUAGCUUUAUAUUAAUAAGUGCAAUGUUUUUCUAAAAAUAAUAUGAAAGGACACUAUAUUUUUAUAAAAUUUAUUGAUUUUCAAUAAAAAAUAUUAUUCAAAACUUAAGUGCUUUAUAAGCUGGCAACUCCUGCGUCGCCGAGCAGCGCAGCGCCCCGCCCCCUUCAUUCCCCGCUCGGCUCGCGCUUCCAUAGCCUACUUUUUGAGGAGCUGUCGUAAAAUAUCAAUAUUUUCGGAUUUUUAUGUGUUAUUUACUUGAUUUCUGUGUAACAUUGCAUCUUCACGAUGGACAAGUGUGGAAUAUGCGAUAAGCCCGCUGUUCAACUGUUUGAAACUGGCAAGGAUGGUGUGUACGCCUGCUUCAAGUGCCAGCCGCUGGUGCCCGAGGUGACCAUAGAAGAUGAUGUCGCAGCGGAGGAGGUGUCAGACCCACUGGACGUCUCUGAGGAGGGCAAUGGCUCACUGUUGUGUGGCAUUUGCCACAAGACGUUUCAGAAGAACACGCAGCUGCAGAACCACCUGCGGAACCACCGCGCCGAGAGGAGGUUCGUCUGCACCUACUGCAAUAAAGCAUUCUCCCAGUCGAACAACCUGCGCGCGCACCUCCGCAUACACACCAACGAGCGCCCUUACAAAUGCAACGAGUGUGGGAAAGCCUUUACGCAGGUGACCAACCUGAACAACCACGUGCGCCUGCACACCGGCGAGCGGCCCUUCGUGUGUCCGGAGCCGGGCUGCAACAAGGCGUAUGCACAGGUUACGAACCUGAACCAGCACCGUAAGCGGCACCUGGGUGGUCGCGCCGUAGAGAGCACUUAUGACUGCACCAUUUGCGGCCAGCAGUUCCAGCAGCGCAACCAUAUGUACACGCACAGACGCGAGGCGCACUACGGCGCGCGCAGCCCGGCGCGGCACGCGUGCAAGCUGUGCGAGCGCCGCUUCAGCACCGAGCGCCAGCUCGUCGCGCACGUGGCGCAGCACGUGCCCGACCAGCAGGACCAGCAGGAGGACGAGAGCGAAGGCACGUUCGCGUGCGUGUUCUCGUCGUGCGGGGCGCGGCUGUCGUCGCCGCGCGCGCACACGGAGCACCUGCUGCGCGCGCACCAGCUGCGCGUGCACGCCGCGCGCCCGCAGCAGCCCGCGCCCGCGCCCGCGCCGGUACCGCACCAGCCGCCCAAGCGGGGACGCCCGCCCAAGAUUAUCAAAGUGGAAUCAAUGGUUGACUUCAAAGAUUCAAUAUUUAACGAUGUAAAAAUCAUAAAACAGGAAUCUCAAUUUCUGCCCAAACUAAAAGUGCAGAGUUUAUUCCAGUGAACUAAAAAUAAGUGUAACACAGUGGACAUUGUUCUAACGAGUUGACAGACCACUGGUUGGUCUGGAACUCAAUGGACGUCGACUCGUAACACAAUGGACUUAUUUUGGACGUGAAAUUAUCGUUAAGAGCUACAUAUAAAAAUUAUGGACCUUGUUAAUGUAACUUUGAAUCUAAUAGGAAGAUAGGAGCGUUAAAAGUCGAAGUCAGAAGUGCUUUAUAAUUCGAUGUUUGUUCUUUUACAUAUGAACGGUAUGAAUUUGUAUUUUUUUUAUAUGGCCUUCCAUUUUUAUUAGGUACGUGUAAUAUUUUGUAUUUACCUUAAUAUAUGUAUAGAAACUAUAGUCAAGUCAUACAGUUUUAAGAUUUGUACCCUAUGUUUGGUAUUUCAACUUAAACUGCAAUGUAGUAGCAUAAUUUGAAUAGAAAUCGUUUUUUGCCUCUGUUGUCAAAAAAAUUGGUUGUUGUUGUGAUUUUUGCUGCAAUACAAAUGGCCUUGACUACGUUGAGAGUGCUGAUGGAAAAUUUUCCAAAUAGUAAUUAAAAUGUUUCACAUAUAUAACGUUUCUCAAAUUUUUGUAGAGAAACGGAAACACCAACAUGAUUUUGUCAUUCAUUUAUUUAUUGUGUAACUUUCCAGAGAGUUACGAGUUACUUCCACAGCUUUAUACUACACGUACUAAUGCUUUAACGGUCAUUCUCAAAAAAUAUGUCUGCGGUCUAAUUGCCGCGACCCAUACAAUUGUAUGAAAAAUCUCUGUAUCUUUAGGUAUUUAAAUAAAAUAAACAAACAAUUUGUACAUUUUCGGGUAGUUUAAAACAUUUAUUGUUUAACCGACCAAAUACAAAACCGCUUGGAUCUGUCACUGAACGACCUGACUUUAACCUACAAUAUUUAAUCAUGUAAUGUGUUCAUCUACCCUCAACUGGAUUCUUAAGCCAUUUGAAGGUAGAUUUUGUUUACUUUUAUUUAAAUACCUACAUUUCAUAUCAGAGUUAUAGACGCAACCGAAGAUAUAUUAGAGAGAGACCCUUAACUAAGUCAACGAGGAUCAGUUAAUAGGCCGAAAUGAAUGCAAUAAUACGAAAUGCACUUUUAAUCAUAGUUUAUUAUUGUAUAAUAAGUGUCCAGUGCAGCACACGUAUAAAGUGAACAUUUGUUUUUAUACAUAUUUUAUGAAUUCUUGGUCAAGGAUUCUAUUUUUUAUUUUGUAACUUUUGAAUGCACCUUAGAUAAAUAUUUUCAUUAUGUGAAGUGUUAUCAAGAACUUUGAGAUUUGAUUAGUCAUUGUAGAAACCUAGAUGCACUGUUGUAUUAACAUUAAGGGUGCAAUUUAAAUAAAAAUAUGGAUCAAUAUGGUACAGUCUGCAUCAAAUAUUUAGACUGUAGUUAAAGUUUUUAUUGAGCAAUAUAUUUUCGAUCUUAGAGGAUUUAACAACUGGAGUCACCUUUAAGAGCAUAGCUCUGUCAAAAACCUCGAUCAAUGGCCAUAUGUAUCGUAUGGACUGACGUUUAUCUGUCAUGGUGGUGGUGGUGGUCAUACAUUUGACUGUUUUCUACAGAAAAGGCGUCUCCAGUUGUUAAAUCCUCCAAGUUUUCGACAGUACAAUAUAAGUGACAUAACAAUGUCAUGUCAACAUGUUGUUGUGCUUCUCGUAUUUUCAUUUGUUGCCGACUGUACUCUUAAUUAAAAUUAAACAAUGUCUUUAUCUAAAAAUUAAUGUGAUUUAAUGUAAAGCUAUUAAUAGAUUGUUUAAAUUAACUUUAAGAGUGAAAUGUAAGCUUAACAAACUGGAUAAUCAGUAAUAGCAAAGAGAAUUGAUUGUAAUAGAGAGGUAAAGUCUAAGAAUAAACGUGCCCCUUAGUUUGACGUCCAAAACAGUUGGCGCAGUACAGCGCCAUGUUUUGCGGUCACUGAAUUGUCAAACGUCUACUUUUGACAAUCAGAGAUACCGUAAAAUGUAUGGAGCUGUACAGCGCCAACUCGUUUACCUGUCAAAUUCGAAGCACGGAAUUGUCUUACAUUUAACGCAUCUUACCCAAUCAGUGUAUCUCUUUGGUAAUAGCUACUUGGCUAUAGAUAGAGUGAAUCAAGUAUAUAUUUCGGUUGCACUCUAUUAGGCAUCUCUUUCGCACUUAGGCAAUAUAUGGUUUCUGAAAAGAGUAAUACUUUAUAUUAUUAUGUUGGCAAGAGAAGUAUUGAGGCACAUUUUACAAAAGAGAUCCUUCUAAAGUUUAUCCUCAAUCAUAAACGUUUUUAAGCGAUUUAAGGCACUCUCAACCUAAUGUCAUAAUAUAUAGAGUCGCCUUACCUUUGUUCAGUUAAAUUAACAUUUUACAUACGAGAUUAAAAUACAUGAGUCCAUACACAAGUUGAAUUAAUUACAAUUAUGUAUUAUGAACUGUAAAUAUUUGGUCCUAGCACUAAAUGUUCAUGAUUUGACCUUUAUAUUCUGUCUUAUGCAUUAGCAUAGAAAAAAUAAAUAUGAAGACGCAUAAAGUGGAGUAAAUAUAUUAUGUAUAGCGAGCUGCUAAAGUGCAUAGCCAUGAAAGAAUUCCAUUCAUAAAGUGGGUAUGUACUUUUGCAGCUACGUAUACAUUCUGGUCUGGUUUGACUGAACUAUACGGCAUCGACAGUGUCAACUUUUGACAACCGCGACUGACUUACUACUACUUUCUCUUAGAUAGUUACACAUCUAAUACAAUGAUUGAAUACUGUUAACCUUUGAUCGCUUUAUGUCAUAAACACAAACAUCACUCGACGCCAAGCUCCUGGGCACACGGGAGCUAAUGUAAACCUUACUCGAAAGCGUUACUUUGCCAGCGUCCACCAUAACACCUAUAGUUGUCCUUGGCGCUAUGAGCAAGACUAGUAACGACUGUCUGUGUUCUUGGCGUUCAAUAAAUAUUGAAUCUUUGAUACUGUUGUGCCAUCUAGCUGUCAAACAGGUAUAAUUAACAUAUGAUAUAAUUAUUUUUUCCCUCUUUGUGCAUGUUCUUAUCUGUGUGAAUAAGGCAAUAGUUAGGUUAGGCUAAGGUGCAAAUGUUCCUAUGAGUGUAAGAGUAUCUGAGUAGCAUAUGAUAUGUGUACAGUCGACCAUGUAUAGCGCUAGCCUUGUUAAGUGUCAGUAUUUCGGAGAUUUUUCUAUUAACAUACAAGUAUGGUAUCAAAAUAUACAUAUUUCAAUUA